AAUUUUAUUGUGUUUUUAUUGUGUGAUUAGUUUGUUUGUCUAAACUAAUGGCUCAAAGGACUGUUGGGUUUCGGUUAGUUAGGUGUACAUACAUUAUACUACUAGUGUUGGGCCUAAUAGGGUCGUCCAUAUUAUUGCUGAUUGGUUUGUAUGCCCUAUACGAUAGUCAAGAUAAUUGUAAACUAUAUGAAAACAUAAUGAAAUACUAUGGUAUUGAUGAACUAAAUUUUGAACCAGUAUUCAAUGAUACAUAUCUACUGGGGUCGGGUAGUAGUGGUAGUAAUAGUAGUCUAAAUACUACCAGUGCUAUACAUAAUAAUUAUGAUGACAACAACAACAAUAAUAAUAAUUUCAACAAACAAAAUUUUUUGGCCACAAUUAUGGUGUUUGUCGGUGCCGUUUCGGUAAUCUUCGAGCUAAUCGGCCUAAUCGGUGCCUGCCGUGACUCGUUGGUCAUUACGCUAACCAUAUUGAUACUGAUGAUUGUCGGUACCCUAUCGGGCCUGUUUACCAUCCGGACCAUCGACUUGUAUACAGUGAUUACCCAAUUGUUUUUCAUACUACUGGCCGCUCUCUACGUUAUCCUAUUGAAACGUCAACUGAUAACUGCCGCCGACUACUCCCGUAGCGGUGGCCGCAGUGGUCCUAUCGAUGUCGAAAUGAACAGGCGAUUAGCGGCCAGUAAUGGUGGCCAACAACAACCGCAUAGAAAGUCGGGAACGUUAGAUACAAAGUACAUAACCUUAGAUGGUUCGGGUGUGGGCGCAGGUGGUGGUGGAGGUACAGGUGCCGGACCACCACCUUAUUAGUAUUGAAUGGACAGUCAUAGAGCACACACAUACAUAAUA